GAAGGGCCUCCGAACUUCGAAGGGGGGAAAAGGCGAGGUGCCAUAUCAGCUUGCAAGGUAGCUGGGUAGUUCAGCUGGUGGUGCACAAACCUCACCCCACCUGGAGGUUUUCUGCGAGACGUCCCUACUCUCCACCUUGAUUGGUAGCUAGGUAGCAGCCGAGCUUUGCUGUUGUCUGCUCAAACAUCUGCAAAUCUGUGGGAGGUGGGUCUUGUAUCAACCAGGUAGAGGUGUAGCUCGAUGGCUCUGUCUGAGGCGCACUUGAGUUGCAAUGCCGUGCCUUCAUUGGGGCUGUCCGCCAGGGCGCCAACCAGGCUACAAGCCUCUGGUUGCCUCUCAAGAGCGCCCCUGUCGUUCGCGAGUCUGUGCCGUCCAGUCCUUAGGAAAGCCCACCCAAAUCUUGGUGUCCGAGCUUCGGCUGAGGGCUCUUCCGAACGGGCAGCGACUGACCCCAGCUCAGCAGCGCGGCUAGUCAAGGAGGAUACUGCCGCCGCACUGCCGCGCCAGCUGGAGCAGAGUGUGGCCAGGGAGAAGGAGCUAGCGGAGGGUGGGGAAAGGGCAGAGCCUGCAGAUAGUAGAGGGGCAAAGAGCGGGUCUGAAGAUCAGGCAGAGAGUAGAGAGGAGAGCGAGGAGAGCGAGGGGCAAGAAUUUGGUGACCUCAAGGUUGCACUUCUGAGUCGCGUUGCGGGUCUGGACCGUGGAAUUGCAGCGGGGCAAAGGGACAGGCAGGCGGUUGACUCUGCUGCCUCUGCCCUGGAGAGCGCUGGCCCUGGCUUGGACCUGCCCAGCCAGCUGGACAAGCUCAACGGCAAGUGGCGCCUGGUGUACACCAGCAGCUUCUCCUCUGGCUCCCUGGGCGGUUCCCGACCCGGGCCGCCCUUCGUUGGUAGCAACCUCACGCUCGGCCAGGUCUUCCAGCGCAUUGACGUUGCGCGGCGUGAGCUGGACAACAUUGUGGACCUGAGCAUCAAGGCGCCCCUGCCGUUGCUGCCCCCAGGGGAAGUGACUGCCACGUUGGCGCACUCAUUCGAGGUGGCAGGGCCCUCCGACAUCCGCAUCACAUUUGAGGACACGCGCAUUCAACCGAAAGGGUUGCAAGUACCAGAAUUCACGCUGCCAUCCCUGCCCGACUUCCUGCGCUCAGGCACGCGGGAUGCCCGCAGCAGCUCGUUUGCCACCACCUUCGUAGACGAUCAGGUGCGCAUCAGUCGGGGAGAUCGCAAGGAGCUCCGUAUUUUCGUGAAGGAGUAGAUAGUAACACAAGGUACAUGGGUCCCGUCAGUAUGGUACGUCAAUCUGUACCCUGUCAUUUUUGCACCGGUGAUCGAGAUGAUGAAUAAAGUGUAUAUAGCAUACGCAGAACGAGGUUGGGUUGAUCAAAUGGCCAGGCUACAUUCUAUCGGAUCUUUCCAUUGCCGGUUGAAAAGCAGGGGCUAACGUGUAAUGUCAACCUAAUGUCAUAAAAAAAGACUUUUUAGUUUAGGUUUGAGUAAUCAAGGCGUGUUGUUUCAUAAUUUGUCACACCGCAGUCGAAUGGAGCCUAGCAGACAAGCAAUGAUCUGCAUGACUCUGGUGCAUGCAGUCAAGGCUCGGGCUGUCUUCAAUUUUGA